UUUGUACCACCACAUUACAGUAGUAGGUAGUAGGUACCGGUAGUGUAAUACUUUUAGACAUCUAUUAGAUUAAUUAUAAACUAUUAUUCUAUAGCUAAUGUUCUUGUAUCGUGAAAAAUAAUAUUUUGAUUCGGUGUAAUAAGUUUCUUAAAUAUUUUAUUUGAAAAGUUUUAAUAAUGAAUUUUUCAAAACUGAAAUCGUCACCAAUAAUACAUACACUAUUCACGCUAAAGUUUCUAGUUUCCGGGCUGAUAGUCAAUCUUUUUCAAGGGCUGUUUUGUCUCAUACUCUGGCCGCACAAUAAGGAUUUAUUUAGAAAAAUCAAUUACUAUCUAUCGGCCUGCAAUUCCUAUGAUUUUGUAUUUUUGUCUGACUGGUGGGCUGGCGUCGAUUAUUACUUCUAUGUGGACAAAAAUGAUUUCAACAAAUACUACGGAAAAGAACACGGACUAUUGAUUGUUAAUCACACGUUCGAAAUCGAUUGGUUAAGUGCGUGGUGUUAUCACGACCGCUCCAAUAUAUUAGGGGGUUGCAAAGCAUUUGCAAAAAACAGUCUCAAGUAUAUGCCAGUGAUAGGUUGGAGUUGGUGGUUUAGCGAAUAUUUGUUUAUACAAAGGGACUUGGUAAAAGAUAAACGAACCAUUGAAGUUAAUCUAAAAGAAUUAUACGAGCAAAAAGAUCCAAUAUGGCUGUUGCUUUAUUCGGAAGGAACUAGGUUCACGGAAGAAAAAAAAGAAGCUAGCCAGACGUUCGCCCGUUCCAGAGGUUUACCUGAACUAAAACACCAUUUGCUACCAAGAACAAAAGGAUUCUCUUUAGGCCUUCCACACAUUAGGCACAAUUUGCCUGCGGUUUACAACUUCCAAGUCGCGUUUAAAGGGGAAAAGCCGACUUUAAUCAAUUUGUUUAACGCUCGUAAGAUUGAAGCUCAUGUUUAUAUGGAGAGAAUACCUAUCGAACAAAUUCCGAACGAUGAAAAGGAAUGCGAUAAAUGGAUGUACACGUUAUACGAGAAAAAGGACAAAAUGACGGACAGCUUUAACAACACGGGCGACUGGUUCAAAGAGAGUGGCGUAGAACGUGUAGAAGGGUUUAAAACAAAACCUAAAUACUACUCUCUUAUUAACAUCAUUGUUUGGCUAGUUAUUAUAUACGUGCCCUUAACCAAGUUCGCAUUUUCAGCUCUUCUAACUUUCAAUAUUCUUCAUCUCGUGUUACUAGUAAUUCUAUUUUUUGGUGUACAUACGGCUUUAGCGAAAUUGAGGAGCGUCUCCGAAAUUAAUAAAGCGGCGUCGUCAUACGGAAAGGAAAAUUCGAAGAAAUCAGAAUAAAUGGCAAAAGUCUUUUGUUUAAAUUGUAUUAACUAUUAAUGCCUAAUAACUAUUAAACAUACGUUUUGAUUAUUUUAAUUUUUACUAUAAUUAGAAUUUGGAAUAAGUUUAUUGACGAAUACUAAAAUAAAAUUGCACCUUUAUGCAAAAAUGUUAA